AUGCCUGGCCCCGUGGACACCGCGAAGUCCAUCAACAAGCGCAAGAGAAAGCAUGGCUCAAAAUCAGAGAGCGAAGCCGCCAAGCCAGUGGAAGCCAAACCCAGCCCAGCAGUGACCCCGAAAAAGAGCGUGGCCUCGACCCCGAAGCCUUCAGCUGAGAAGUCUACCAAGAAGCGCAAGGUCAGCGCUUCACCAAGUCCCGAGGAAGAAAGCUCCGACGAGGCCGAAGCUGUUGAGGAUGUUGAGGAGGUCGAUGAGGAGGACAGUGAUGUCGAAGACGUCGAGGCUGCGGCUGGCACCGAUCUUCCCACCAUGGAAGAUGUCCGUCUGCCACAGACUGAGGGCGAGCUGCAGAAGUUUACUGAGCUUAACCUUUCCGAGAAGACCAUGAAGGGUAUCGAGGAUAUGGGCUUCACAACCAUGACUGAGAUUCAACAACGCACCAUUCCCCCUCUUCUUGCCGGACGUGAUGUGCUCGGUGCCGCUAAGACUGGCUCUGGAAAGACCUUGUCAUUUUUGCUGCCCGCAAUUGAGAUGCUGCACGCUUUGCGCUUCAAGCCCAGAAACGGUACUGGUGUUCUCGUCGUCUCCCCUACCCGCGAGUUGGCCCUGCAGAUUUUCGGUGUCGCCCGUGAACUCAUGGCUCAUCACUCUCAGACAUAUGGUAUUGUCAUCGGAGGUGCCAAUCGUCGCGCCGAGGCUGAGAAGCUCAUGAAGGGUGUCAACUUGCUUAUUGCUACCCCCGGUCGUUUGCUGGAUCACCUCCAGAACACCCAAGGAUUCAUCUUCAAGAACCUGAAGACCUUGGUCAUUGACGAGGCAGACCGAAUUCUCGAAGUCGGUUUCGAAGAUGAGAUGCGCCAGAUUGUGAAGAUCCUGCCCACCGAAGAACGUCAAACUAUGCUUUUCUCCGCCACACAGACCACCAAGGUUGAGGAUCUGGCCCGGAUAUCACUGCGCCCCGGACCGCUGUACAUUAAUGUCGACCACCGCAAGGAGCACAGUACCGUCGCUGGUCUCGAACAGGGUUACGUGAUUUGCGAGGCAGACAAGCGUUUCUUGCUUCUCUUCUCGUUCCUGAAGCGUAACCUCAAGAAGAAGAUUAUUGUCUUCUUCUCAAGCUGCAACUGCGUUAAGUACCACGCUGAACUUUUGAACUACAUCGAUCUUCCCGUUCUGGAGCUUCACGGAAAACAGAAGCAGCAGAAGCGCACCAAUACUUUCUUCGAGUUCUGCAAUGCUAAGCAGGGUACUUUGAUCUGUACUGAUGUUGCCGCUCGUGGCUUAGAUAUUCCCGCCGUCGAUUGGAUUAUCCAGUUCGAUCCUCCUGAUGAUCCUCGUGACUACAUUCACCGUGUCGGACGUACCGCCCGUGGUGCCGAUGGCAAGGGUCGCAGUCUGAUGUUCCUCCAGCCCUCUGAGGUCGGUUUCCUGAAGCACCUCAAGGAGGCGCGUGUGCCAGUCGUGGAGUUCGAGUUCCCCAGUUCCAAGAUUGUCAAUGUGCAGUCCCAGCUGGAGAAGCUCAUUGGCCAGAACUACUAUCUUAACAAGUCCGCCAAGGAUGGCUACCGUUCUUAUCUCCAAGCAUAUGCUUCGCACUCCCUCCGCACCGUGUUCGAUGUGAACAAGCUCGAUCUCGUCAAGGUUGCCAAGGGCUUCGGUUUCACUGCUCCUCCCCGCAUUGACAUUCAGCUGGGCUCCAGACUCAGCCGCGAUAAGAAGCAGGAAGGACGCCGCACAUACGGCAGCCAGCCCAAGCACGGUGCUGGACUGAAGUUCAAGCGGAAGCACAAUGACUGA